UCCAUCCGCGCAGGUUAAACUGAGGGUCGUAUUUUUGUUCCUGUGUCAACCAAAAAAAGAGAAAGAACAGAGUCCUCAGCCGACAUUACGAUUUCCUUACAUUGCAUUACGAUAUAUCCUGAAAAGUUUUGUAUUUGUCCGUCCAAAGACCACAGCCAACUCAGCAGAAGUGUUUUUGAAGAUGAACUCCAAUGUGGAGAAUUUGCCCCCUCAGGUUCUUCGCUUGGUCUAUAAAGAGGUGUCAGCGUUGGCAGCGGACCCCCCUGAGGGAAUAAAAAUUUACCCCAGUGAAGAAGACAUAACAGAGUUGCACACAUCCAUUGAAGGACCCGAGGGAACUCCAUUUGCUGGUGGCAUUUUCCGAAUGCGCCUCGUCCUCGGGAAGGAUUUCCCUGCUGUUCCACCCAAGGGGUAUUUUCUGACCAAGAUUUUUCACCCCAACGUCGGCCACAAAGGUGAAAUCUGUGUUAACGUGCUGAAGAGGGACUGGAAGGCAGAGUUGGGCCUCAGACAUGUUUUACUUACAAUCAAGUGUCUGCUUAUUCAUCCAAAUCCGGAGUCUGCUCUGAAUGAAGAGGCUGGACGCCUGCUUUUGGAGGACUAUGCAGAAUACGAGUCCCGAGCUCGUUUGUUAACAGAAAUCCACGCCAUGGGUGGCCCUGGUGGCACCUCGGGGACACACCAGGACCCUAACGAUGGCCCUCAGCCAAAAAAACACGCAGGCGAUCCCACGAAGAGAGCUGGGCCCAGUGCAGCCGCAGCACCUGCUCCUCUGGGGAACGGAGCCAGCACCGCCAAUAGCAGCAGCAAUACCAACAGCAGUAGCAACACUAGUGUAGCAGGGAAAAAGAAAGCAGAUAAGAAGCGUGCAUUAAGGCGGCUUUAAUGUUCUGGCACAAGUCUCUGUGUGUGUGCGUGUGUGUAUAUAAAUAUUGAAGUGUUGUUUUGUUUAACCAUUUCUCUAUUUCUACCACCUUUUAAAGGGCCCCCCUUUGUACUACCCCACUCAUCAAGUCUGUCCAGUUUAUAUCACAGGACUUUUCAUAAACCCUGAUAUUGGAAUUUAUUUGAAGGAAACCAUAGAAGCUGUAUUUUUUGCCAUAGGUCUAUUCUAAAAAUCCAAGACAGGAAUUGUUUUCUACCGAGGUCUCUAUCCCUUACAUGGGUCAAGUCAGUUUUGCAGUGAACAUUGUCAGUUGUUUUUAACUGUCUUCUCUGCUGUGAUGGUACUGUGUACUGCGCAGCAAUGCUCUGAUUAAACCCGAAAAACAAAAA